AUGGCUCUUGGCUUUUGUCAAACAAAACCUGGCCUGCAAAUCCCCACUACAACGACUUCCAACCACCUGGUCCAGGGCUACACAGGCCCCAACUCAACCAUUCCGGUUCUUUCCAUCGAUAAACAGGUCUCUGUCUUCUUAAAGGAUCCUCCAAGUAACAUCACAACGGACAACCUUCUCUUCGUCCUCUACGGAGGUGCCAACGACAUCUUAUUCAACCCCAAUAUCACGGCAUUGCAAAGCUUCCAGGAAAUAAUAGCCAGUAAAUCAAAACUCUCUUCCAGGUUCCCAAACGCCACAUACCUGUUCCUGGACUAUCCCGACCUCAGCCGAAUCCCGUACGCUUUCUACAUCACCUGGCUCGGGAAGCAAGGGCUGCGUUCAUUCAGCCAGGGGCUCAGCGCCCUGUAUCGGCAGACGGUGAUGCAGAACACGCUGGAAGUCUCAUCCCCCGUCGUCUACGUCGAUUUGCAAGAGCUUUUCGACCGCUGGGACUACUAUGCAGAGCCGCGGAGUUACGGCUUCGAUCCAUUGGGGGCGUAUGGGAGCUGUUUGGUAGGCGUCUAUCAAGAGACGGACAACGUGACCUUGUGUCCUGUGCCGGACGAGAGGGUUUUCUGGGACGAGUACCACCCCACGAGUCAUGCGCAUUCCUUCGUUGCGCUGAAAGUACUCGAUGCGUUACGAGUUCACGAUAUGCGUACGAAGAGAUGA